AUGAGUGAGAGACCAGAAGAUGAACUACUGGCGCUAUUCACGUUAAUUUCUUCACUUACGGAUAAGGUCAACGAAUCCGAUGAUGCAAUAACCAAAAUCAAUCAAAUUGUAAAGAGUUUGGUGCCUGAACAAGAUUAUAAUCGAUUGAGUAAGGAGGAGCCAACAACAAGCCAUACAGAUGACACCGACGACGAGAUGAAACAGCUUGAACAACAAAGGUUGCAGUUGGUUAUGGAAUUACAGAAGCAUGAUUACAUAUCGGGUAAAUUGCAAGAGUUGGUGAAAGAAAAUCAAGAACUUCUAGAUACAAUAAAAGAUUAUAUUGCAAAGUAA